AUGACGGCCGACAUCCGCCUCUCAGAAACCAGUCACGACUCCCUGGAGACGCUUCUCGCAGGUGAUACCCAGGUCAAGCUAGCUGGAAUCGACGCAGAUGGCAUCCUUCGUGGAAAACUCGUCUCCAAGAAGAAGUUCCUCUCGAUCGCACGCAAUGGGUUCGGCUUCUGCUCCGUCAUCUUCGGAUGGGAUAUGCAUGAUCAGACGUACUUCAGGGAGCUAGGGAUCAGCAAUAAGGAGAACGGUUACAGAGAUAUGCUUGCUAUUCCUGACUUGAAGAGCUUCAGACGGAUCCCCUGGGAAGACAACGUGCCAUUCUUCUUGGUGGAUUUCCUUAACCCCGAUACUCAUGCCCCAAUCUCAGCAUGCCCCCGUGGGUUGAUAAAAACUACUUGUGCAGCAAUGGAGAAACAGGGCUAUAAGGCUAUGGCUGGUGCUGAGUAUGAGUUUUAUCAAUUUCGCGUACCAUCAAGUGAGGAUAGUUCAGAACGCAACUCGUCAGGAACAGCCAGAUUUCUCAAAUCAAACACAGUCGCAGAUCUACCUCCUUUAACGGAAGGAAUGUUUGGAUAUAGUUUGACAAGGCCGGUUCAUAAUCAGGAGUAUUACUACCGCAUAUUCAAUAGCUGUCAGGAAUUUCAUUGUGACAUCGAGAGCUGGCAUACUGAGAGUGGCCCUGGUGUGUUUGAAGCGGCCCUCGAAUUUGGAGAAAUUAAAGAGAUUGCCGAUAGAGCAGGGUUGUUUAAGUAUGUGGUGAAAGCUCUCGGCAGUAAAUACGGAAUUACGCCAGUUUUCAUGGCCAAGCCAGUACAUGGACUCCCUGGAAACAGCGGCCACAUGCAUGUCUCUCUUGUCAAUAGCGAAGGCGAAAAUCUCUUCUACCGCAAAGAACGUGACCCAUCACCACCCUAUCCAGAUGUUGAAUACCUCUCGGAUCUCGGGAGACAUUUCCUGGCUGGUGUGCUUGUUGGGCUCCCAGACAUCAUGCCUCUUCUCGCCCCGACGAUCAACUCGUAUAAACGACUUGUUGAGAACUUCUGGGCGCCCGUCACAGUAUCUUGGGGCCUGGAACACCGCGCUGCCUCGGUUAGAUUAAUCACGCCACCAACAUGCACACCCAAGAGUUCGAGACUUGAGAUCCGAGUUCCUGGUGCAGAUAUCAAUGCGCAUUAUGUUCUAGCGGCCAUCAUUGGUCUUGGGUGGCGUGGGGUUGAAAAGAAGCUGGAAAUACCGGUUCCCCCGCUGGCUCGGGGCGAAAAUGUGGGAGGUGAAACUGAUAAAGGGCAACGACUUGCUAAAUCUUUAAAGGAAGCUAUUGUGCGGUUUACGGCGAAAGAUAGCAUUGCGAGAGAAAUUUUCAGCGACGAGUUUGUUGAUCAUUUUGGUGGAACGCGUGAACAUGAAGUUAAGCUAUGGGAGGAGGCAGUCACAGAUUGGGAGGUAAAGCGAUAUAUUGAAACUGUCUAG